UUCUGAGGGCGCUGAAGUACAAUGAAGCACAGGAGUGGGUCGGAGUUCUGAGCUGGCUUAAAAGGCACCACUGACAUGGCUAACAGAACAAACUCCUCUGAGUAUUUCUGGUCUUAUGAAUAUUACUGGGAUUACAUAGAUCCAAUUCCAGUAGAUGGAAGCAAGUUGAAGGUUAAUAAAUACUCCAUCGUCAUUGCCUUUUGGGUCGGCCUUGCUGCAUUUGUGAUGUUUCUUUUCCUUAUUUUACUGUGUAUGUCCUGCUCUGGAUCAACCCCAGCAAACACGGCUACGAACGGCAGUGCAGGGUCGGGCAGGAGUUCAUUAGGCAGUGACUGCGCUCGCGCUAAUUAAUGGUCACGAGAGCAGCCAGAGCAGCUCCCCGGGCGAAGCGCUUGCCACUGGAAUGUGUUGGAAUCACUGUGCGAUCCCAGCGGUUCGAAGUUUGGGAAUGCUGUGGGACAUGUUCAAGGUGUCAUUAAUGUAUUUUUUAUAAAGCCACCAAGGAGUGGUGGAAGAAAAUAAAUAAUAUUGCUUAUC